AUGACCCACAGCCCAGUUGUUAUCAUCGGUUCCGGCCCCGCCGCCCACACCGCUGCCAUCUACCUUUCUCGAGCCGAGAUCAAGCCCACUCUCUACGAGGGAAUGAUGGCCAACGGCAUUGCUGCCGGCGGUCAGCUCACCACUACCACUGAGAUUGAGAACUUCCCCGGCUUCCCCGACGGAAUCAUGGGCUCCCAGCUCAUGGAGGACAUGCGAAAGCAGUCCAUCCGAUUCGGCACCGAGAUCAUCACCGAGACCGUCUCCAAGGUCGAUCUGUCCCAGCGACCCUUCAAGUACUGGACCGAGUUCAAUGAGGACGAGGAGCCCCACACUGCCGACGCCAUUAUUCUUGCCACCGGUGCCUCUGCCAAGCGACUCUCUCUGCCCGGUGAGGACCAGUACUGGCAGCAGGGUAUCUCUGCCUGCGCUGUCUGUGACGGUGCUGUCCCCAUUUUCCGAAACAAGCCUCUCGCCGUUGUCGGAGGAGGAGACUCUGCCGCUGAGGAGGCCCUCUUCCUCACCAAGUACGGCUCCAAGGUCUACGUCAUUGUCCGAAAGGACAAGCUGCGAGCUUCCGCCGUUAUGGCCAAGCGACUGGCCUCCCACCCCAAGGUCGAGAUUCUCUUCAACCACGUGUCCAUCGAGGCCAAGGGAGACGGCAAGCUGCUGAACGCCCUGGAGAUCGAGAACACCCUGACCGGCGAGAAGCGAGACCUCGAGGUCAACGGUCUGUUCUACGCCAUUGGUCACAUCCCCGCCACCUCCAUCGUCAAGGGCCAGGUCGAGACCGACGAGGAGGGCUACGUUGUUACCGUCCCCGGUACCGCCAACACCUCCGUCAAGGGUGUCUUUGCCGCUGGUGAUGUCCAGGACAAGCGAUACCGACAGGCCAUUACCUCUGCUGGUACCGGCUGCAUGGCUGCUCUCGACUGUGAGAAGCUGCUUGCUGAGGAGGAAUAG